AUGCCGCGCUCCUUCCUGGUGAAGACGCACUCCGGCCACAGGGUUCCCAACUACGGGCAGCUGGAGAGGCAGAGAGAAACCAGUGGCGCCUGUUCUGCCUGCGGGGGGCUGGUGGUGCCCCUCGUCCUCCCAGACAAGGCGGCCCCGUCCACGCCUGGCGACCCUCCCCGGCCCUGGGACUUCACCUCUGUCGUCGCCCACGUCUCCCUGCCCCUCCCCACCUUCCUGUGUAACGAGGAAGCUCGGGGGGCCUCGGGGCCAGACCCCCUGGAAGUCAGCCUGGCGGAUCCUCGGGCCGGCCGGGCCCCCGGCGCACCUCUCAGAGACAGCCUGAAGCACCUCAGCCUGCCCCCGCUGCUGGCUCUGCCCACGCGCUGGCCCCCGGUCCUGGGCGCAGAUGGGGCCCGGGCUCCGGGCCACCUGCCAGGGGCCGAGCGGGGCCCCCACACCCUAGGGGGCUUCCGCACGCCGGCCGCGCUGGCCAGGCACCAGCAGCUGCAUUGCCACCUGCAGGCUCAACGUUGCUUCACCUGCAAGUUCUGCGACAAGGAGUAUGGCAGCCUGGGCGCCCUCAAGAUGCACAUCCGCACACACACGCUGCCCUGCCUCUGCACCAUGUGCGGCAAGGCCUUCUCCAGGCCCUGGCUGCUGCAGGGCCACAUCCGGACCCACACAGGUGAGAAGCCCUACACCUGCCCUCACUGCAGCAGGGCCUUCGCCGACCGCUCCAACCUGCGGGCCCACCUGCAGACGCACUCGGACACCAAGAAAUACCAGUGCGAGCGCUGUGCCAAGACCUUCUCCCGCGCGGCGCUCCUGGCGCGGCACGAGGAGUCGGGCUGCUGCGCCCCCUGA